AUGGUUCAAAAGAAGAAAGUGUCAUUCAGGGAAGAGGCCGAACACCUUGGACUAGGUCAAGAGUCCGGGGAAUGGCCCACAUCAGGAGAAGAUGCUGAAGAAGAGAAAUUGUCAGGUGAGUCCGAAAAAUGGGAUGAAGACUCGGAGAAGAGUGGCAAUGACCAAGACAGUCUCUGCAUGAUAUUGGCAGAAGAGAAAGAAGACAGGGAGGUCCUGAGAACGAUAGUCUGCGUCAAGUUAAAAGACGACAUCCACAGUCCUGGAGAACUGAAUGGUCAGAUGAUGGCAUUGAAGGAAGAUGUCAAAGCGAGAUACAGACUGUCGGAUCUGAUACAAGCCCAGAUGAAUCACAAGAUGACGAGCAAUCUCUCCAAAUGGAUCCGGACAGGAGUCAAAGAGAAAGGGGAUCUGGAAGAAAACAAGGACCACAUCGAGCGACUAGACAAGGUGUUCGCUUGCAUGAAAAGAGCGGGACUAAAAUUCAAUCCAUCAAAGUGCGAGAUACUCAAGGACUCGAUUAAAUACCUGGGGAGGAUGGUGGAUGAACAUGGCAUCAAACCAGACCCAGACGCAUUAGAAGCGGUGCUGACUUGGAAAUCACCAAAAACAGAGCAUCAACUGAUGAGCUUCUUGGGUUAUGCGAACUAUUACAGGGAAUUCAUUAAGGGCUAUGCGAACAAAAUGUACCCGAUGCAGCAACUCAUGAGGCACAAAGGCAAGAAAUUCACGUGGAACAACGAAGCAGAAGAGUCAUUCCGAAGAAUAAAGAAGGAGUUGUGUGAAGCACCUGUGCUAGGUAUGCCAACGGAAAAGGAAUGUACGUGCUGGAUACAGAUGCGUCGGUGGUAG